AUGUCGGACAGCAACAUCGAGGGCAUUCUCUCCUACACGGAAGAUGACAGGACCAGUACUACUGCAAUCGCUGCGAGCCCCAGCUUUACCACUAUACCACCACCGAGUCUACCUGGUCAGACUAUGUCAGUCCACUCGGGAUCAGGUUCAGGUACAAUUGACGCCAACAGCAACACGGCUCCGAGGGCAUCCUUCAUGGGCUUACCACCUGAGCUGAGGCUGCAUAUCUAUCACCACCUUUUCAGCGGCCCGAAUGACCGUGAGAGGGCCAAGCAUGUUCAUUGCUGUACUCGGGCUUUCGAGCAAUAUGGCCUCAAUGGACACAUAAGCGACAGAACCUGCUGCGACUGCGCGGAUCGGGAUCUAUCGAAGGGGGUACGCCCCUACGGCGGCCCCAAGGGUGGCGAUAUUUGGGAGGUGCAAGAAGAUUGGCAGGCAAAGCGUCUACGAGCAACUCACAACGCUGUCUUCACGGGCGAUGUUUGUCGUACCGAUUGCCUGACUGGCGACCAAAUGAAUUAUGCCGAUAAUUUCUCGAAAUUCUUUGAAAAGGUCAAAGAGCUGAUGCCCAGCCUGAGGAACGUGCGACUUCAUCUCGACAAUACGGAACCCAUACAUGCUGAUCAGUUCCAUUAUGAGAAGUUCAACGAGCUCGUGGAGUUGCCCAAUGUCAAGGCCAUCGUACUCGAGAUUGGCUGCCUUUACAGCGAUCACUUCAACAAAUACGGGACGAAGAGUGAGCUCCGUGAAUUGGCCGAGGCCAUCAGGGCACGCUUGGUGAAGACUCUCACCGAGCGUGCUGUGAAGCUGGGAAAAGUCGUGCAGAUUACAGCUACAGAAAUUGCAGAAAGAGAUGCUGAGCUGGUAUCAGAGGAGGACUCCGCCAGGCCAGACAACUGGAUCUGA